GGCCGUGUCAGAGUGAUGUAGGGUUACUGGCUUGCCUGCGUCACAACCCGGUAUUUCACUCAGACGCUCUACAAUGUUUGUGAAAAGGUGGCCUAUUGACGAAACCAACAAUGACUAGCAAUUGCUUUAGUGCGUAAGGAGCCGCGUGGCCCCUCCUCUCGGCCCCUGAGAGGAUAAAUAUAUUGACGCGAUGGACCCAAGGCAGUGAUUACUCGUGUUACUUGAGGCAGUGGUCACAGGACGGCAAAGUUUGGGACAAUGAGAACUAUGGAUAGGGUAACAGUUGUAAACUACUGCGUAGGACUCCUAGGUUUGCUACUGCUGCAGGGAGUGCUGAAUGUGGAGGGACGGAGCAUAUUUAACCCAGGAAACCGGGUUGAUGAUCCAAAAGAUCCUCAGAGCAAGAUUAUAUCACUGUUUUUACACAAAGGCGUAGUUCCUGUCGAAAAGGAUGAUCCCUUAGGUCUCCAGCUGGCCAAUAAAUUAGCCGAAUUAGAGGAGCUGCGGGUGCUGAGGGAGAACCUGGAGCUGGAGAGGGAGAUCACAGCCAAUUUGGCGGAAGGCAAAUCCAUAAGUAGGAAGAGGGGCGAACCUUGCUUCUGGAAGUACUGUGUCUGACACGGAUGCGAGAGGAGGAGGAACACUGUGAAAUCUUGCUGCAAAGCCCAACAUAGCCUUAAGACUCAAAACACCUGUAAUAUAAUCUGUAUUUAUCAAUGCAAUAUGGAGUUGUAGCAUAAUUAAAGUCAUCAAUAAACAUUUCCAUCGCACUGAGGCGCUGUCAUGGGAGAUCUAAGGACUGCAGGUGUACAUCUUUAAUCUGUAAAUAAUCAGCUACUCACUGGAAACACUAAGAGGUCAGAUUUGACUAAAUGUACUUGACAGCUAUCCUUUUAUUUGCAUGUUUAUGUGGCUCUCUUGUGGCCAAAUUGGGCAAAACCUUUUUUUGUACCGCAGCCAACGCGUCAGUCACUGCUUUCAUGACUGCUGUUCAUUUAGAAAAAUAAAUAACGUCAAUCUACACUUUA